AUGAAGUACUCGGGAAUAUUGCACAAAACGCACCGACUCUUGCAUAAUCUGCACCAGGGAUACACACUGACCAUUCUAGUCACAUUGGCGCUGACAGCCUCGCUGUUGCUGACGGGCAUUCCGCCGGAAACCAGCGACCAUAUAUUCGCCCAGACCCACCGUCACCCGCACCACGCGCAGCAGGCAAACAAUAGCCGACCAAUUACGCAAAUAAUAGUAUUUGGUAAUGCCGGUGCCGAAACAAACGACCACAACCGUGCCAAGCUGUGCGGCGGCAACCUCUGGGUGGACCACCUGGCUGAGGCACUGAGCGCUGACCUGGUGUCCUAUGCCCACGGAUACACCAUAAGGAACAAGACCAUUGUGGACAGCCGCAUUAUCGCGAGCACGCGAACGGAGCGCGUAAAGUCACCAAUGGGCGAUGGCAAGGUCGAGCCUGUGUACAAGCAGAUCCGCCACAUAUUCCAGAACCCACCCGAGGACACGCUCAAGGCCGUCACUACGCUCUUCGUCCUCCUAGCCAACCCCACGGGCGAAUUAUCGGCGGAAGAUCAACAAGACGAAUUCGAUGCUCUGGCGCAGGCAACUAACGAGCUCAUACUCAGCUCGACAACAAGAGCCAGACGCCUUUUGGUUAUUGACACGCCCAUGGCUAUCAACUCCUCCUCAACCACCACUGGUGCUACCAAGGGCCACAGAGUGUUCGACAGUAUGUAUAUGGCGCAGCAGUUGGUUUCUGAUCCAAGCAUCGAAAUUAACAUUUAUGAUUCGCGCGGGUUUUUGAAACGAAUGCAGAAUGAGUAUUACAAGUACGGAUUAAAGUACCCGAAUCAUCCAUGCAUCUAUAAUCAGAUUAGGAGAUGUAAUAAGCCUGAUAGGUUCUUUUGGUGCGACAAGGACAGGGUUGGCAACAAGGCUCAUUUCUAUUUGGCCGAUGAUAUCGUUAAAAAGCUUUUCAUGGCGUCUGUGCCUCCCGCAUAA